AAGUUAUGAUAGAAAAGUUGGACAUCGCAUAUUCAUAUCCUACUUGUAUUCCAUUUCAUUUGUUGUUGGAAAGAAUACGUUUUACUUGGGAUAAGAAUAUUAUACAAGAAGAGCGAGAAGGCAAUAUGUUGGUCAUGAAUGAAAUGCCAUGGAAAUGUAUUGUUUUUUCGGUACGCUUAUAUUCAACUUUGAAUGAAUAUACAACUCUAUUGGAUAUGCCUCCUUUUACCAUUUCCAUGAGAAAAGAAGACGAUCAUUUCAAGAUGUAUUGUGCCUUCUCUCCCAUUCAUAUUCAGAUAACAUUGGAGGAUGUUGAUUCUUUGAUGAAUGGCAGUUUAUAUGCUUUACAAACAGUCAGUGGUUGGAUGGAGAAUACUAUUCCUAGUGAAAGUGUUCAAUCUGAGAAGCAGACUUUCAAUUUAUUAUCUUGGCGCAUAGAUAUUGAAGAAUUUCAUUUCCAAUGGAUAUGUUGGAAUUGUGAGUUUAUGAUUUCGUUUCAAAGAGCAUCCGGAGGCUAUGAUACUUCAUCCUUGACUGAGGAAACAUAUUUGCUCUCUAAUGACGCAUCCAAAGAACGAUUUUGGUUCCAGUUACCCAAUUUGAAUGUACAAGCCAAGAAUGCCUCAAGUAUUUGGUUUUCUUUCCAAAGUCAAUCGAUAGUAUAUAAUCUGUGUAAGAGUCCUUUUGAUUGGCUGGAGAUUGCAGAGUUGAAGAUGAGUUUGGAUACUUGUUGUUUUGCUGUUCUUACAUCUUUAGUACUUUGGGAACAAUAUUGGCAGUCUCAAUUCAACUCGUUCCAUCAUCAUCAUGAUUCGAAUGCCAAUAUAUCAACUAGAGUUUUUUGGUAUCGAUUAGUUUUGCAUCAUGUAUCAGUUAGUUUGACCAGUUGUCAGUUGGAAGAGUCUAGUAUAACGAAUGAUUGGGAAAUCCAUCACUGGAUAAUGGAAUAUCGAGAGCAAGUUGAAUGCAUGAUUUAUUUCCAAUAUAUCGUUUCUACUAUUGGAAAGGGACCGAAUAUUUGGCAAUAUCAAGGAAAGCCAUUGAUAUUGUCCAUCUUCCCUGAUUGGAAUCCACCUGAUUAUACUCAUCAUCCAUUCCAUAUGAAUGUACGAGCAAUCCAAUUGUCUUAUGAUCGACAAUCAUCCCACUGGAAUGUUUCCAUUCCUUUGAAUACUAUUCAGUUACAAUGGAAUUUUCCCAUGUUGCAGUUGUGUUUGGAGUUUCAAAAAAGUCUCACAAGUAUGAUGGAUGGACUGUCUUUAUCGAAAAAGGAUAGUGAAGUGAGUAGAAAGGGAUAUAAGGAUUCUUUAUGGACUAUUCAUUGCCGAGUAUCCACCUUUCGUUGUUGUGUGUUGGAAUGUUGUUCAUUACCUCAUCUUCAACCUCUAAUAGGAUUACAAGGAACUUUAAAACAUAUCGAGUUGGAAGUAUCUUCAUCAUUACCUCAUCUCGCUAUCACUUUAUCAACAAGUCAAUACAAGUUUGGAUUGGAAAGCAUUAGAAUGGAUAAUCAGGGAACUCAUGAUUCAUCUUUCAUGGAUGAGGAGGAGGAGGAGGAGGAGGAAGUAGUACAGAUUUUAGUAGAAAUACUAGUUUGCAAAAAACAUCAUUCUCUACUCAAAGGAGAUGAAAUGUGGGUAAAUGCACAACCCAACAGUCAGUCAUUCUCUAUUCGAAUUCAUAAGUGUGCCAUUCAGUUCUCUGCAGAAAGAUACAGUUGCUUGGAUAGAUGCUUGAAAAGUUGGUUGCCUUUUUCGAACAGUGCAUCUCAGCCUUUUGCCAUUCCUCAUAUGCAGUUGACAGUUGUCCAAGCAAAGUGCACUUGGAUGGAUCAAGACCAAUGGGAAGGUUUACCUUUAGGUAGAGUUACCUUAUCCUUCAAGUUGCAAUGUAAUCCUCUUGGCGGGCGAGUAGAUGUGAGUGGUUUGGUAGAGAUAUACAAUAUGAUUCAUAUGGCUUUGGAACCUUUUAUAGAAGAGUGGAGUGCUUGUCUCUACAUUUUCUUGAAACAAAAACUCUCGCAUGGAUUGGCAUUGAUUGAUGCUUCUAAUCGUUCUCCACCGCCCUUAUCAUUGUCUCACUUUGAUAUACUAUUGAGUUCUUCUCGCAUAUUGCAAGUGAAUCUCAAUCCUCCCAUAGUUGCAACCUUGUAUCGAUUAUACUAUCAACUUGAAGAAAGGUGUGAGUCAGUUAUUGGUUCCCGUUCAUUGUUUUCUGUCAGCAACAGAACUGGAGAAACCAUCGAAUUGUACAGAACAAAGAAUGUUCUCAUACAGCAAAUCAAAGAUGGUCAAAUCGUUCAACUUGUAGAUCAACUAUUGUUACAAGGACAUUUCUAUUUGUAUUCUCCUUUUCUUUCUUCAUCAACUCGAAUUGAACUUGCUUUUGAUGGAACACAAUGUUGUAUUCCUAUAACAUCGAGUGGACAAGAUUUCUAUUUGAUUGUAGAGAAACAAAUUUCAGAGCUGAAUACAUUGUUAGAGAUUCGUUCCAAUUAUUUUAUACAAAAUCAUUGCGAUACUUCAUUGUGGUUGUACUUUUUUGAUGGUCAUGAAAUUCAAAGUUUGAGCAUAGAAAGUGGAAAGAAACGAAGUAUUCCGUUGUAUUAUUUAUGGAAUGGAAGACAUAUUCGAGUGAGUUUAUGUUUAGAUGAAAUGACCGAUGGUUGUUUAGAAACGAGUCCUUUAUUCAUGGACUGGUUACAAAGUUGUUUUCAACCUAACCAUUUAUCAGAGUUGAAUUGUUGUUGUUCAGUAGUGAAAGAUGGUUUCGUUCAUUGCUUUGCACAGUCAAGAAUGGAAUGGAGUCAUCCCAAUGUGGUUUUACAUGUAAUGCCUUUGUUAUGUGUGAAGAAUUAUUUGGGAGUCGAUAUUUACGUGAUGGAUGAUUCUUUAUCGUCUCAUUGGAAUCUGUUGCCUUACACGGGUCUUUGUAUGUUGUAUUCUCUCAAUAGACAACGAUGUGUUAUUCGAUCGAUACAAACAGAUGAACAGUAUACUAUAGAAUGGGGUGAAAAUCAACACAAAAGAAAGUAUUCAAGUCGAUGCAUUGGAAAUACAAAUCGUCGUUGUAUAUCUUAUACGUUUCUUUCAUCAUCAACAACUUUUGCUUGGAAAGAAAUCAUAUUACAUCCCGAUAUCAUUGUUUCUAGUCCAUGUCUGCCUAUCAAGGAACAAAAUACUUUGAUUUAUUGGCAGUGGAUGAAGCCAUCAUCGACUAUUUGGUUAUGGGAUGAGCAUGUUGUGGGUGAUGACUCCCUUUCGAAUGAAUGUUUUGUGUUGUGCAAUUCUUUACAUUUGACGUUUGGAACAGCUGAGGAAGUGUCAAAACUGGAGUUUCGAUUGAUUUGGAAAGACUCUGAUGAAAAUGUGUAUUAUAGUACAACACAACGUUGUAGAAAAGGAAAUCAUGUAAUCCAUUGGUUGCCGAUAGCUUCUCAGCAUUCUCCUUCCAAAGACAAUUAUUGGCAAACUUCAACAAUGACCCAAUUUUAUUUCGACAAUUCUAUUGUUGUUGUAGUAUCUUAUCAAAAGUGGAUGGAACAGGAUAUCGUGAUUCCACAUGCUACCAUCGUUCCAAAAUACAGAUUAGAAAAUCAGUUGUCUUCAACAUGUCAGUUGAAAUGGCGUGACAAAAGUUAUAUUCUUAUACAAGGUUCUGAGAUGAUGCUAAGUGAGGCAAUGGUCGAAUCGAGUGACUUUGUCCAUUUACGAGUGGUAACUAAUCAGUCCUCCAUGGAUGAUGAAGGAGGAAAUGUUGCUCAUUUGCGAUUUUCACAAAUACGUGAAAUGACAAGCAAAGGUUUGAAUGCCAUUUUUCCUAUGAACAACGGUUCUCCAUUCUUUGUUCAAAUACAAAGAUAUGAAGACUAUCCAAGCGAACGGUUCAAGUUGACCGUCGUGGAUUGUCCUCCAACAACCAUUAGAGUAGUCAAUCUCUCCACUCUUUUAUUUCGUGUAUGCAUAGGAAAAUAUGAUUCUUUUCAUAGACAAUAUUUAUUGGGUAAUGGACAAUGCAUAUCUUUGCAACCUUCCUUGUUCAUGGAUAAGGAUUGUAUUAUUUAUUUUUAUAUAAUACAAAAUGGGAAAAGUCAUUUGAUUUAUCGUUGGAAAGAUAUCAGACAAUCAUAUUCUGGUCCAGUUUAUAGAAAAGGUUGGAUUUUCUAUUUCAUACCUCGUGGUCCUUAUUGGGAUGUCAUUAUUAUGCAACAGAGAAUAGAUAGAUGGAAAAGAACAUGGAUACAUAAUACAUCUUUCAAUCCGUCGUGGAUGCAUUCUCGAGCAACAUUAGAUAUGGCAGGUAUCGGUAUUUCGUUGUAUGCCAUGAAUAAUGAUGAAAUAGUCUACACUUGUUUCAAAAGAAUAAGAUUUCAUUGCAAUUGGACUCAAUAUGGAUACUUUUGGUUAUCCUUUGCAUUGCAAGAUAUUCAUGUAGACAACCAAGUUACUACAGUUGGAAGGAAUUAUGCAGUAUGCAUGGAGAGAGCAAAUAUAUCGAACAAAACAUGUGCUAUGGUUCAAGGACGUCUAGGAAUAUGGUUGAAAAAGUUUGCCUGUAUCAAGUUGAGUCAUCUUCUCAUGGAUGGAAACGACAACAUAUUGGAUGAAUUGGAAUGUCAUCUGCAGCCUUUUGCUUUCCGAUUGGAUAGCGAUAUAUUAGAAUCUUUUAUCUGGUGGUGGAUAAAAACCCAAGAAUGGACCAAGACUCAUUCGACUCCUUCCCACCAUCCAUCAUCAAAGACUUUGACCUUUGUAGAAGAUUUUCAUGUAUCCAAUAUCGCUUGCCAAUUGUCAUUUCAAUUCGGUAGAAAUGGUGUGGUUGGAUUAUUACAUUUGCCGUGGUAUUCGUAUAGUUCUUUAGCGCAAUGGGAAAGAUGGAUUGCUCUAUUUGGAUUAUCUAUUGGCAACAUAGAAGACGCACCUCUGUUGAUCCGCCCUAUCACACUUCACAACACCGAUGGAUCAUCUUUGAUGCACCAAAUGGGUUUAUUCUACAAAAGAGAUUUAUUGUGGAGUAUCUAUGCCUUGAUGGGUUCCUUGAAUUGGAUCGGAAACCCUAACAAGUGUUGGAAAAGAAUGCAACUUGCGUUUGAACAAUUGGUUACGAAUUGUUUGAAUGAUUGGAAACUGAAAGGGUUGCCCAUGUUGUUGUUGAGACAGUUGUUGAUGUUAAACUAUCGCAUCUUGGAUAGUUGGAUAGAAGCUAGUUUGGGUAUGCUUCAAGGUAAUGUGAAUUGGCUAUCUUCUACAUUGGCCUAUUUGCCACUAUCCAAUAACUUUUAUCUCAAAAUAUUGCAUACCAGUCUCGAUUGGAGUCAUCGGCUACUCAUGGGUAUCAUGGAUUGUUUGGAAUACUUACAGAGUUGGUUAUCUCGAUGGGAUAACGAGGAACAAAAAGGUGGUUGGAGUGAAAGAUGGAGACCGAUUCGUUCAAACAUGGAAUGUCAACCAUUGAGAGCUUUUGAAUAUAAGGAUGAUGUGUUGGGCAAGUGGAUAUUCGAACAUUGGGAUGGGCAUUUGGAUAAUCAUGAGAAGCUCAUCCUCUUUGCUCCGUUGAAAGAUCAAUUGGGUAUGAUGUGGACCAAUUAUAGGUUCGUGUUUUGUUGGUAUUCGGCAUCGAUAUGGAAAGGUGGAACCAAGUUGAGUUUACAGAAACCUCGAAGAAUAGACGCUGUAUUACUUUUACUUGUUUACCUAAAGUAAUGGAUAAGAGACAACCAACCAACUGGAGUUUAUCAGAAGAGUUAUCUUUGGGUAUGGUCCAAGUACAUUCCAUCAUU